UUUUUGGGUGGGCACUCACACUUAUAGUGUGCCUCGCACCAGUUCGCACAGUGAAAGAAGGCAUUGUUUGUGAUUGAAAUGGAGAGCGAUGUGGAAGAAUCUCUGCGGAAGAGGCCCAGAAAAUAUCCUUUCUCCGCCGAUUCAUCCUCUCGCAAGCAGUUUGAACAAUAUCUUGGUCGGCCGUUUGCAAUAAUUGGGGAAGUGAAUUUUAUGCAAGAUGAUGAUAAUCGAUUGGAGAUUACCCGAACUAGAUGUAAAUCACUCUUGAAGAUGCUGAUGGCUUCUUUCUGUAGUACAAUUUGUCAUUGGAAAGUCAUCAAUGUGCAGACACUUGAACUGCAAAUUAAUAUGGAUUCGGACAAGAUAAUAUUUGAGCGUCUGCAGAAAGAGUUCGAAGCUGCACGAGCUUCUCAAACUGAAGAGAUAUGUUUAGAUGGGGAUGCGUGGAAUGAUGGUCUACUAGCUACAAUAAGAGAGCGGGUGCAUAUGGAGUCAGACAGAAAAGCAAUGCAUGGGGAUGCUGACAUAUUGUCAUGUCCUCAUGAAAAAAUUACAUAUAAAAUUGGAAACAAGGUAAUUUGCUGUUUGGAAGGAGCAAGAAUUGGCGUACAGUAUGAAACAUCGUAUGCUGGUGAACCUUGUGAAUUUUACCAUUGUGUGCUGGAGAGUAAGUCAUUUCUUGAAAAGAUGACUGUCCUUGAACACACCGUUCCAUUUUUCCUGCCAAUACGUGAAAUAGAAAAUGAUCUCCUUUCAUCCAAUGCAAUGAAAUUCAUAGACCAUGUUGGAGAUCUAUUGCAGGCUUUUGUGGAUAGACGGGAACAGGUCAGACUUAUAAAGGAACUUUAUGGAAAUCAAAUUAGAGAGCUUUAUCAUAGCCUUCCCUACCAUAUGAUCGAACUUGUAUUGGAUGAUUCUGAUUGCAAGGUGACAGUCAGCCUUCGAUAUGCUGAUCUAAUUUCGGUGCUCCCAACUCGAAUAUCAGUGCUAGCCUGGCCAAUGUUCAAUAAAAAUACUACAGCAACUUUGAACAGGAAGGAAGAUGGACUCUCUGGAAGUCAUUCUACUCCAAUUCGCUUAACCUAUGCAGAAGAUGCCUUACGAACCAUGAGUUUACCAGAAGCAUACGCAGAGAUUGUAUUAAACUUACCACAAGCGCUUCAGCAGACGUAUCAUCAAAAAGCUCCCGCUUAGUCUAGAUUCCUCUGUAAAAAUUCUUGGUAGAUGUUAAAUAUUAGAAAAAGUAACUUCAAAAUUGUUACCUCACAGGAUGAGUUCAUUUUUCUGUACUGCUGUCAGUUAGCAUUUGUCGUUGCCCCUUGUGGCCUUCUUGUUCCUUCAUUGCCUACUCCUGUGUCUUGUAUAAUUUACUACGACAGAGCUAGGUUCAUCUUUUCAAACUGUUGUCAUUUCUCUUUUUUGGUUUAUCAUAAUUCAAUAUAUGUAAAAGUUGGUUUCAUUCAA